UUUGCUAUCGCUCUUAAGAAGAACAGUGUAGUAUAGUAUUCACUUGCAUCAGUCACGCUCAUGAAAUCGACUGGAGAUAACCACUCCAUCGCAGAAAACACAAACGAUAAAGAAAUCAGUAAGAAACCAAGAAUGCCAAAUAUCAAAGUAUUCACGGGAACUUCUCAUCCAGACAUCGCAAAGAAAAUAGUCUCAAGGCUCGGGUUAGACCUGGGCCGAGCCACGACUAAACAGUUCUCCAAUCGAGAAACAAGCGUUGAAAUCCAUGAAUCCGUCCGUGGUGAAGACGUCUACAUUGUCCAAAGUGGAUGUGGUGAUAUCAACGACAACCUAAUGGAGCUGCUGAUUAUGAUAAACGCUUGCAAAAUUGCGGCUGCCUCACGCGUCACUGCUGUGAUUCCAAGCUUCCCCUACUCGCGACAAGAUAAAAAAGAAAAAAGCCGAGCCCCAAUUACUGCUAAGCUGCUAGCUAAUCUCAUAUCCGUAUCUGGGGCUGAUCACGUCAUAACAAUUGACCUUCACUCGUCUCAAAUUCAAGGCUUCUUUAAUAUUCCCGUGGAUAAUCUUUACGCUGAACCAGCGAUAACGAAAUGGAUACAAGACAAUAUUUCUGAAUGGAGAACCAGUGUUAUGGUUUCACCUGACGCAGGAGGUGUGAAAAGAAUGACCGCCAUCGCCGACAGGUUGGAUAUCGAUUUCGCGAUCAUCCACAAGGAGAGGCAACGAUCCAACAACGAAGAUUCGACUGUUUUAGUUGGUGACGUGAGAAAUAGAACCGCUAUCAUGGUUGAUGAUUUAGCAGACACAUGUGAUACUAUCGUUAAAGGUGCUCAAAAACUACGCGAAGCUGGAGCUGACAAAAUAUACGCGAUUCUAACUCACGGAGUCCUCGCUGGAGACGCUAUUGAUAAGAUAAAUAACUCCUGCUUGGAGGCAUUGGUUGUUACCAAUACCAUUCCUCAAGACAAACACAUGAAACUGUGCCCGAAAUUGCAAACUAUAGACAUCUCUGUGAUGCUGGCUGAAGCAAUACGGCGAACGCACUAUGCUGAAUCCGUUUCCUAUCUAUUCACUAACGUUCCAUACUAAUAAGACAGUCCUUAUAUAAAACAUGUUAUCACAAAGAUGUAUUUUAAUGCAUUUUACCGAGAUAAAUAUCACAAACUACAGCUUAACUCAAUAAACUGUCUACACUUUUAUAUCUUAAUCCAUGAUCAACAAAAAGAGAUAAACUGUUCAAACGUCAAAUAUAAAUAAUAUAACAUGUUGUUGCUACAUAAAUAAAAACGUUGUAUUUUUAAA